GGCUCAUAUUUCAAGAGUGUCAGCAAUCUAGUGUGCUCACACUGCUGCCUUUCAGCUAAAAGCUUUUUGUGCUGCCAGUGGAGCAGAAUGGAGGGCAAAAGAGAGAGCGGAUGGGAGUGGUUAGCAAAGGGGGUGGGAGGCCUGGGGGAUAAAAUGGCCCUCUCUCACCGUUGCCAAGGCAACUUGAUGUCACAGUGACAUCACACAGUAUUAAAAGCUUUUAACCGGAUUUCUCUCCUGCCUUAGGCCCCAUUUUGAGUCCUCUUUCAGCUAGGCUAGGGGGAAGGGCAGAGGCAGGCAGGACGGCUGUGUGUGCUCUCUCACUUGUAUCCCUUCUUCCCUGCAGACUCAAACCAGCUCUUAUAACAGUAAAAAGACUUUCAAAUUCAAGCUCUAAAGCUUCCAUCUUUGCAAAAAGACCCACAGCCAGCACAGGCCAAGAGAGAGACAUAUAGAGAGAAAGAAGCCAACUCCAAAAUGGCAGCAGACGAUAGUUUCAGCUACCUGAUGCCAGGCCACAGCGAGAAACACAGGCGGGCCCCGAACUGGACCGAUGGCGAAAUGAAGGCCCUCCUGUACGUGUGGGAGGAAUUCCACAAUGAGCUAAAAACGAGCAAGAGGAACGCCAAGGUUUACGAGAAGAUGUCCCAGAGGUUUUUCCAGCUCACUGGAGAGCAGCGCUUCAAAGAGGAGAUCAAGAUGAAAAUCACUAACAUGUCUUUCCAGUUCAGGCGCCUGAAGGCCACAGCCAGCGAAUCAGGCGAGACGCCAGACUGGCCUUACUACAAGCCCAUCGAGAAGAUCCUCUCCAAGCCGCUGGAGAAUGGCAGGGUGAACUCGCUGGAGUUUCAGGCCGCAGGAGCAGGUCCCUCCACUUCAUCCCAGUCCACAGACAACCCCAUCUCCCAGUCAGAGGAAGGCGUGAUUGGAUUCCUGCCAGAGUACACUGGCUCCUCAGAUGAGAUGGAGAUAAAACAGGAGCUGGACUCUUCCAGCUCAGACAGUGAGCACAUGCUGGGCUCCAGGUAUUCCUCUCUGCUCCUCAGCUCCCACCCCGUCUCUGCCAGGAAGAGGCGUGCCAGAAAGUAUCUGUCCCUGAAGAGGAAGAAGCUGCAGGUCAUGCAGGCCAUGCUCCAGCAGCACAAGAAGUCCAGCCAGGCCAUAGAGGAGACGUGCCGGGAGCUCCGCCGAUCCAUGCACCAACAGAACCUCCUGCAGGUCCAGUGUCUGCAGCUGCAGGAGAGGAUGAUGAACCUCCUGGAGAAAAUGAUCCAGCUCCCCAGCUCCACAUCGGCAGUUUGGAGUCAGAGCGGGGCAAAGGAUCCAGGGAAACCUUGAAGGCUGGGAAAAAUCAUGGGAUUUCCCCACUCAUAGGAAAAAUAAGCUCUUUUAUUUUGGUUAUUAUAUUAAUUGCGUUAUUAUUUUAAAAUGAUACAAUAACUGUUAUUACUCUUCUGAUAACCACCGUCACCAAAAUAUGCCAUCACCAAUUCUCUGGGGGUGCCUGAACAUAAUUUUUAAAAGAACUGUAAAGAACCUUGUCAACAUUUUAGGAAACACUCCUAAUGUAGUCUUUUUUAGUUUAGGAUUAGUUGUGUAAAAUAUUUCUCAAUAACAUGCCAAGUAUCCAAUUAAAAUAACUACAAACGGC